AUGGGGAACACGGCAGAGGAAUUGUCUCGCCUAUGGGAGAAUCUUCCGUUGAUGGAAGAAGGGGGGGCUGACCUUGCUAUUGGAGAGGCAGAUAUCGCUCCCGUGGCUACUAGGGGAAAUGCUUGUAUUGUUGGAAAAUUACUAGCAGAUCGAAUAGUGGGGAAGGACAUUCUCAAGACACCAUUGAUACGAGCCUGGCAUCCUUCAGACCGGGUUACUUUUAAAUCUUUGGGCGCCAAUCUGUUCCUAAUCGAGUUUACGAAUGAAUGUGAUAAAAUUCGCAUUCUGGAAGGCAGGCCGUGGAAAUUUGAUGAUCAUCUCUUUGCAAUAGUCGAUUACGAUGGAGUUACUUCACCAUUCCAAUUGGAGUUCGACAAAGCAUCGUUUUGGGUCCGCAUGUUUGAGCUCCCUUUAUCCUGCAUGGGUAGAGAUGCGGGACUGAAGAUUGGGGCUUCGGUGGGAGAAGUUGGAGAUAUUGACGUCACGGAGGAAGGUGUAGGGUGGGGGGAGUUCCUGAGAGUUCGGAUUCAGCUGAAUCUAUCCAAACCCCUCUCACAAGGAAGGACUAUAAAUCUGAGGGAAAAGUCUAUUUGGAUUGCUUUCCAAUAUAAGAAGAUCCCAUGGUAUUGCUAUACUUGUGGAGUAAUAAAACAUGGGAAGAAUGGUUGUGGAGGACCAGUAGGCAGGAGAAUUCAUGGGGCGAAAAAGAAAGUAGAUUUCGGUCCUUGGCUUCGGGUCCCAUCACGAACAAGAAGAUUUGGGAGGGGCAGAGGUUGGGCGGCAGGGGGGAGAAACAACCACGUUCAACCAGAAAAAUUUUCCGGAGGAUCUUGA